UUGAACAGCUUCCUCUCGAACACCGCCUUCUUCAACAACCAAAAUAUCUUUGUAUUUUGAGGUAAACGCUGCAAAAGUUGCUUCUCUCAGUAAUGGAAUUAAAGUUGAACUACCAGAGAGAAGGUUGUCGCUCAGGCGAGCUCCAAUUCGACAGAAUUCCCUUGGAAACUCCGAUGUUCUUGUUAUACACACGGUCAGGCGCCAUACCACACGUUGCUAUAUGGAACGAUCUACUUGAACACAACUAUUUUACUCCAAUACAACUAACUCUACCAACACUGGUAGAUCAGCCAAGCAUUGAAUUAGUCAAAGGACUUGAUAAAGGAAUUCAUUCAUUUAUUGGCCAGAAGACUUUAAGUGUUCUGACUGUCCAAGACCCUGCAGCAGAUCUACCCAGUGGUUACAAUGAGGAUAAGUCUGUUUCUGUGUGGAAUGCUGGUGGUAGAAGAAAGGUUGACGUUGCGCAGUUCAGUUCUACGCUUCUAUCCUUCAGACCCAACGUUGUAGAAUGUCUGUGUGACACGAUUCCUUCCAAAGGACAAACACCGAAAAGAAUCAAGAAAUCAGUGGACAGAACAUUAAAAUACCUGGACGAGAUAGUUACGUUCAAAGAAGAAAAUAAAGCGCUUGAGAACUGUAGUUUGCUUGGAGCAAUAGAGGGAUCGGAUUCGAUAUCAGAACGCAUAAGAUCUGCAAAGGAAACUGCAAGUCGACAGGUAGAAGGUUUUGUGUUGGAAGGAUUUGAUGGUUCGGCAGAUGAUUGGACAAACCUGUUGACAAGAACCGUGAGCGAAUUACCAGAAAACAAACCUCGUUUCAUUCAAGGCAUAAAAACACCAGACGAUAUUAUAAAAGCUGUUGAAUGUGGCAUCGAUGUCUUUGAUUCCAGUUUCCCUUACCAAGUAAGUGAAAGAGGUUGCGCCUUGAUUUUUCCAUCGCCAAACAAGAAGUUUAAACCAGAAUCAAGCCACAUAGAAAGCGUCAUGGCUACYACUGCACCAGAAACAGAAAGCAAGGAGAACAAGGACAAAAAUAAUGAUAACGAAGAAGGAAAUAAGAAAAAUUUACCUAGUUCCACUAAAUACGAAAUCGACCUACACGAUACAAGGUUUAAAAGCGAUAUGAGUUCUAUAGACUCUUGUGGGUGUUACUGCUGUACAAGUCACUCGCGGGCGUACGUUCACCAUCUUCUUGUUACCAAGGAAAUGCUUGCACAGGUCUUACUUAUGAUGCACAAUAUGCACCAAUACUCCAAGUUUUUUGAACAGAUGAGACAAGCUCUUAAUGACGGUAAAUGGAAUGAGUUUAAGAGCCGUUUCUAGGGCUUUUUUUACUAUGAUCAUGGACCAUACUAUUCCAACUUUACUUCUGUCUUCAUAAUUUCAUCACAAAUAAAACGAGAAGAUGUAAUUCAAGAAUUUGCAAUUGGACCAUAAGAAAAACUAGUCCAGAACUGGACCCACUUUUAUUUCUGUUUAUUUAGCUGAUCCGAACUAACGCGCGAGGGCGUUCGAGGGCGUUGACCUCGCGCGCGCCUCAAAUGAAAACCAGCCGCAAACGCAAUCAUCACACAGGAAACCCGAUUUUUGCCGAGCCACCUUACAUACAGUUAGCCAUAUUAUUCUACU